GACAGCGGGGGAGUCGGGGUCCUUUUCUGGGGCAGGCGCGCAGGCAGCGGCUGCGGGAAGUCGGGCACCCGGCAUCAUGUACUACAAGUUCAGUGGCUUCACGCAGAAGUUGACGGGAGCAUGGGCUUCUGACGCCUAUAGCCCGCAGGGAUUAAAGCCUGUGGUUUCCACAGAAGCACCGCCCAUCAUAUUUGCCACACCAACUAAACUGACCUCCGAUUCUGCGUAUGAUUACGCUGGGAAAAAUAAAGUGCCAGAACUGCAGAAGUUUUUCCAGAAGUCUGACGGUGUGCCCAUCCACCUGAAGCGAGGCCUGCCUGACCAAAUGCUUUACCGGACCACCAUGGCGCUGACGCUGGGAGGGACCAUCUACUGCCUGAUCGCCCUCUACAUGGCUUCACAGCCCCGGAACAAAUGAGCUAGGCUGCACAGGAGUUUUUGUUUUGCAUUGUUUCUGUUAAUUUUUUUUUUUUUAAAUUCCGAUGGGCUACCUGACAUUUUUGUAAGAAAAAUGGAAAUAUUAUGAAAAUAUUUUUGGUUUGUUUAUGAAAUGCAUAUAGCCUGCCAGAGCUCAUCUGACUGUUAAAACUAAUGUGUAAACAAAUGAUGCUGCUCUGUGCAUUUGGGCCCGAGUCCCUGGAGGUGCCGGGUGAAGGGUUGCACACAGGCUCCUGAAUGGCGGUCUGUGCCGAGGUGGUGUUUUGAGGCGUGGGGUGUAGAAGCCUUUCUGGAUUUGGAUGUGACCGAGGAAGGAAGACAGAAGCCAAGGCUUGACGUGUGAAAUGAGGGGUAUGAGUUUAGUAGCCACCUUGGGGAUUUUUCCAUCUUGCAGUAUAAUGUUAAUGGAAAUUACUUGCAGCCUACCUCUAUUCAUGGGCAGUUUAUUUCAAAGGGUUAUUUGCCUCAUCUCAGAUCCUGUUGAAGUUUCCUGUGUAAUUGCUACGUAUUUAUUCCAGCAUGGGAACAGAGAACACCUGUUUAGUGUUGCACUUUAGACCGAGGUCUGUUGUAUUAAUGCAGCUGUGCCACACAUUCUCCGUUAACUUAAAAAUGUUAUGGCUUUAAGUUAUAUCUUGGCUGUGGAAUAAAUACGUGAAUGAAAAAUGUCAGGUUUGAAGUUCUCUUAAAUAACCUGUCAGAGUAAUUUCACGACACUAGAGGUGUCUUACAUCUAAGUCUAGUUUCUUUUUUUUUAAUUAGGCACCAGAUAAUCUUUACAAAAUGUUUCCUCAAAGUCAGCUCACAGGAGGCUAAUGGCACAUUGAUGAUUACCAUAUGAUUCCAUGUAAGAAGCCUGCUUGCCCCUUAGUGAAACAGGCCUGGAACACACAGUUCAUUUAUAUGUUCAUUUCCUGUGCUGUCAAGAUUGGUAGACUUCACUUAUCCCUAUAUUAAUGCUGAAAAAAGGUACAGUUUUAUUAUCUAUAAAGUGGUGGUCUGUAUCUUGCCAUAGCAAAGGAUAGUGACUUCUCACUGAGGAUAAAGUAAGAUGUUUGAAAAUGCCCAGUAGCACUAUUUGGAAGCCAUUAUUUGCCUGUACAAGUCUAAACUUUGUUCUCUGGUGUUUCCCCUACGUUUUUAUUUUGAAAAAUUUCAGCCUACAGAAAGAUUGCAAGAAUAGUGUGACCUCUGUAUAGUUUUCAUGGAGAUUACCAGUAAUCAGCGUGUUGCUACCUUGGCUUUCUCCUGCCCUUUCACGCAGUGUGCAUGUGCACACACACAUACGUUUGGUUUUAGCUGAAUCAUUUAAGAUUAAGUUAUGGAAUUAUAAUAAUUCAGCCUCAAAUACUUAAGUUUCUCCUAAGAAUAAGGACAUUCUCCUACAUAACUAUAAUACAUUUAUCAGAAUAAAUAUAACAUUGAUAACAAUAUUUAAACUACAUCUAAGAUACAGUCUAUAUUCAGAUUUCCGCAGGUGUCACAAUAAUGUGUUCUGUAUAGCUUUUUUUUAGUAACAGCUUUAUUGAAAUAUAAUUUGCCAUUGUAUUCAUGCAUUCACCUAUUAAAAGCGUGUAAUUUAGUGGUUUUUACUAUAGUCACAGCUGUACAACCAUCACCACAAUCCAUUUUAGAGCAUUUUCAUCACCCAACAAAGAAACGCCAUACCCACUGGCAAUUCCUUCUCUUCCAUACCCCUACCACCCAGCCCGAGGCAACCACUAAUCUGCUUUCUGUCUCUAGGGAUUUACAUGUCCUGGACAUGUUGGAUAAACAGAAUCACACAGUAUGUGAUCUUUUGUGACUGGCUUCUCUGGCUUAGCAUGUUUCUGAGGUUCAGUCACAUUGUAGGAUGUAUCAGAACUUCAUUUCUCUUUAGGGCUGAAUCAUAUUCCAUUGUGUGGAUAUACCUGGAGUUCCUGGGUGGCACAAACGGUUAUGCGCUUGGUUACUAACGAGAAGGUGGUGGUUUGAAUCCACCCAGAGGUGCCUCAGAACAAAGGCCUGGCAAUCUACUUCCAAAAGAUCGCAGCCAUUGAAAAUUAUGUAGUGCAGUUCUACUGUGACACACAUGAGUUGGAAUCGACUCGAUGGCAACUGGUAUGGACAUACCACGUAUUGUUCAUCCGUUCAUCAGAUGACCAUGUAGGUUAUUUCCAUUUUUUGGCUAUUACGGAUAAUGCUGCUGUGAACAUGGAUGUACAACUUUGUACGUGGACAUAGUUUUCAUGUCUCUUGGGUAUACCUAGGAGUGGAAUUGCUGGGUCAUAUGGUAGUUCUAUGUUUAAAGUUUUGAGUAACCGCCAGACUGUUCCAAAUCAGCUGUAUCAGUUUACAUUUCCACCAGCAGUUGGAGUUGGGUUUUUUGGUUUUGUUUUUCUUUUGGAUUCCGGGUCCAGUCAAGGAUCACACUUGGCAUUUAGUUGUCAUGUCAUUUAGUCUCCUUUUAUCCAGAAGGUCCCUGAAGUCCUACAUGACAUCGACCUAUUUGAAGAGUCUAGGCAGUUGUUUUGCAGAAUACCCCACUAAUUUGGAUUUGUCUGAUUGUGUCCUUGUAAUGGGAUUUAGGUUAAAUAUGUCUUUUUUUUUCACAGGUGAUGUGGUGUCCUUAUUAUAUCAGAUGGCACUUGAUGGCAGUUUGUCCCAUUACUGGUGGCUUGAAGUUAGGUCACUUGGUUAAGAAAUUGUCCACCAGAUUUCUCCCUUGUAAAGAUACCUCCUUGUAAUUAAUAAUACUUGACCCUGUGAAUAUCCUGUC